AUGAGUGUGGGCGAGUGGGACCUCGUGGACACCCAUCAAGUGUUUGGAGUUGGCAAUCAAAGCCUUGAGAGGGUGGUCAUCAUUCACACUGUUGAUGAAAGGUCGAAAGCUUCCAUGGAGUCGGUCUCAAUUUGGAGUUUGACAAAUCCAUUGCAGGUGGAUAACUCCAACCCUUUGCAGAUUGCCCAUAACUCUGCAGGAAGACUUUUCGUUGCGUUCAGCUUCCCGGUGAAACUCAGCUUCCAGAGUCCUUGA